UCGAAGCAAGCCAGUCAAAAUGAGUUUCAAGAAUAUCAGCCGCAAGGACUUAACGUGCUUCGGGGUGACCGCAACCGUGCUGUUGGUGUGCUUCAUCCUGGUAUCAAUGUUCUCUGGAUUCAUGCACGAGCCGCAGAGAUUCAAGACGAUGUUGGUGACCAUCGUCCUGGUGUUCUUUUUCCAAUAUCUCGUCCUAGAGCCCUUUCGUUUCUUCGUUCUGGGCAUCGACUAUGCCACCUGGCCGCAGGAGGACCAGCCCUACCGGCCGGAGGAGGGAGCGCCCACCCUGAACCACAUCGGCUACUUGAAGAUCCGGCUGCGCAGUCUGCGCUCCGAGCUCCUGAUCACCGAGGGCCACACGCACGAGACGCUAAACCAGAGAUACAAGCAUAUUGCCGGGGACCUGCUGCUCUACGGGUCCUACUUUGUGGCCCUGAUGCUGCUGGUGGUGUUGCAGGAGGACCAGAGUCAUUACUUCAACACCCACAACAUGCAGCGCCUCUUCUGGGACAAUACCUCGGUCACCUACGGCCUGUCCCAGGUGUUUUUCUUAUACCAGGUACACAGCUAUGUGUAUAUCACCAUGAUCGAUGCUUUCUUUACGUCGGAAUACUACGGCUACGAGGGCUGGUGGGCCAUGGAACAGUGGCGGAAUAUCGGGGUGGUGCGCCUGCGCCAGGUGCGUCCUGUCAACUGCCACAUUGGACUGGGCACGCCCAAGUGGGACACGAACACGUAUGCGCCGGAAUGGCUUCUUCCCUACCACCGGUUGCAUUAUACGGAGAAAUUCUGGCGGAUCUACGACCCCUUUGUGCCGGCCAAGUACGAGCCCAGUUUUCUGAAUGGCGUGCUACUCAAUUACGAUCAUCAUGGCUAUAUGCUCAACUACCCUGAAGUCGGCGGCUACGUGGUGCUCAUGAUGAGCACAAAGGUGAACUGCGUAAAGCAGAUCCAAUACCUGCAAUCCAGCUACUGGCUGGAUAAAAACACUUCGGCUCUGUUCAUCGACUUGACGAUGUACAACGCCGAUGCAAACCUAUUCACGUUGAUCACCUUGCGCGUGGAGAACACUCCAUUCGGGAUCCAGUUACCCCGGGUGCAUGUGGACACUGUGAGGAUGCUGGGAAGCUUGGAAACGAGAAGCAACCUCGUGCUGUUCAUACUGUUUGUACACACCAUAUUGGUCAUCUUGUUCGCCCGCGGUUUGCUCUCGAAGAUUUGGCACCAUCCGGCUUCCGUCCACGAAGCUUGGACCAUGGUGGAUUUGACCAUCUGUGUGCUGAACGUCGUCCUGAUGGUUCUGGCCAUAAUGCGCGACAUCGAGACGUCCACGCUGCUCGAGAUGGUCGAGACGUCCACCAAGGGGCAGUACCUCGACUUCCAGCGUCCACUGCGCCUCCACCAACUGCUGUCCAUCGUGAAGGGCUUCCUGGUGUGCAUCACCACUCUGCGGCUGUGGAAGGUGCUCCAGUUUGCCUCCGUCUUCCAGCACUUCACCCACACCCUCUUCUCCGCCUGGCGAGCAGUGGUCAGUAUGGGUGUAAUUAUCAUGGUCGUCCUCAUGGCCAUUGGCAUUACUUUGGCCGUGCCGAAUGGAAACAACUCUGUGGUCUUCAGCCACAUGGUUCAGUCUGUGGUCACCUGCAUGUGGUACUCCAUGGGCUUUAACGGUGACAUUCGUCCUGCGGAUUUCUUUCAUGGAGGUCGCAUAUUAGGGAUUAUAGUCUACCUGACGCUAGUCUUCCUACUGGCGAUUAUCCUGAUGAACGUGUUCGCCUCCGUCAUCUAUGACUACUUCAACGAGACGAGCAGGAACCUAAAGGAGCAGUCUCAUCGGUCGUCCAUUACCUUCCUGGAAUUUCUGCGCGUCGAGUAUGCUGAUAUUUUUGGAGCCACCUUUCGAUGCCUGCGAAAGACGUACAACCGCCGUGGACAUACUGUUGCAGAGAAUGUGGAACUAGAGCUCAAUCGGCGGGAGCUGAUUAAGGCCAAGAGUGACAGCCUAAAGAGCACGAAGGAGUUGAAGAGGGCGCGCCUGUCCGCGGAGGAGCAAAGUGCGGAUUACCGGAUACGCGGCGAGAAGUUGUUCAAGCUGAGGGCCAUCCUGAAGCUCCAGAUUGAGAUCCUGGAACGAUUGGUAUUUGGCGACAAGGAUGGCAAUCUGCCAACUCCGCCUGGGUCCGACUCCGAUCCCGAGGACAUGCCAGAAAUGUAUCGGAAGCGGCGCUGAUGAUCGCCGUGAUCAAACUAAUUACAUUAAC